AUGUCAGUUGAUAAGUUUGGACGGCAUCAGCUGCAGCUGCAGCUGCAGCAACAGCAGCAACAGCAGACAUCGAUAAUGUUAAGAAUGAAACCGAUAGAUGUCACAACUAAAAAUGAACAGCCACUAUUGAAAACUGCAUUUAAUCACAUAAAAAUCUAUCGCGGAAGUAAAUUUAAAGUGGGUGAUAAAGUGCGUGUUAGUAAAUAUCGAGAGGCAUUCAACAAGGGCUACACACCGAAUUGGUCCAACGAAAUUUUCACCGUAGAAAAAGUCAAUUUGACCCAUUCUACAACGUAUAUUUUGCAAGACGAUCAUCAAGAUCGAAUAAUGGGUGGAUUUUACGAACACGAAUUGCAACUAGCAAAAUAUCCCGACAUUUAUCUUGUGGAAAAAGUCCUUAAACGAAAGGGCAAUAAGGCGUACGUGAAAUGGUUUGGUUUACCAACCAACCAACCAAAACAGUUGGGUUAA